UGUUUUAAAUGUCGUUCUGCCGUUCUUGUACCGCUAAGUUAACUCUUAAACAGUGUGUAGUGUUAAUUUAUUGUACAAAAACGUGUGCAGUGCGCUUUCUCCGCUAAGUUCGUUGAGUUGAUUUAUUUCCUCCGGCUUCGCGUCGAGGUUUUGAGACAGGACUCUUGAAUACGUUGAGGCAAGAUUUGCUUUACAUUUUGAAAGAGGACUUUUACUGUCAACAUUUGUGUUGUGUGGUGUGCAAUCAUGUCACAGAAACUUUGCUGCGUGCCUGGUUGUGUGGAAAGUGGAGAUACACAUCCGGUGCUACAUCUCUUUCCCAACCCCGACAAGUACCCAGAUCGAUUUAGAUCAUGGGUAAUGGCUGUUGGAGGAGAUAUAUUGGGCCUGCGUAAUCUGUACAUCUAUGCCAAUCGCAGAGUUUGUCAUCGACAUUUUGAAAUUAAUGAUUGCUGUCGAUACAACAAAUUGACCCGAUCAGCUAUACCAAGAAAGCAUCUAUGGGAUUUGCACAAGGUACCUCAGUUUACUAUAAGAGACCGGAGACACCUCAGUGCUGUUGAGAAUAAACCUUCAACAUCUACAGACACCAGUGCACUUUUUGGCCCAGUAUUUAAUAUGAGUCAUCAUCUCUUCCAAGAAAGUAUGCCCUCAAUUACUAAAGAUAUUGGAAACAAAGAAAAUGUGGCACAUUCAUCACUCCAGGCAAAUGUUGCUAGUGUUACAAAGCCUACUACUAUGGACAUUGAAUACAACAUUUGUAUCUCAGAUGUACAGAUGCCUACACAAAAGCCAUCAAGCACUACCAAUCCACUAGAACAAAUGAUAACAGAACCGGUUGUGGUUGAACAUAAAUCAACUGAAAAUACCUCAGUUAGAAAAAUAGUAAAUUUAUCAGCUCAACCUAUGAAAAGGCUACGAAAAAGAGUACCGGUAUCAAAACAGGAAGAAAAAUUAUACAAAAAAUUAAGAAACAUGCAAAUAAAAUUAAGCAAGUGCCGCAAUAAAUAUAAAAAGUAUGCAGCUUCAGUUAGAAUGUCCAGCAAUGUGAUGACGAACCAGUCGUUUCUGAAAACUAUCGAAAAUAUGACAAGUGCAGGAAGGAUAUUAACAUUACUGCAAUUUCGGGAGAUACAAAAAAAAUCCAAAGGUCGCAGAUUCACCCUCAAAGAAAAAAUAACAUCUUUGUUUUUAUACAAAAAAAGCCCCAAAGCUUAUAGAUUACUUAGGAAAAUCCUUAUUCUCCCAGCACCACAAACUUUAGAAAAACUAGUAAGGAAAGCAGUAAUCACACCAGGAAUAAAUGAAAAAGUAUUUCAUCAAUUAAAAAAUAAAUCUAAAACAAUGAAGAAGGAAGAUACAUAUUGCGUCUUGUUAUUUGAUGAGGUUUCUUUACAAGCCAAUGUAAAUUAUAAUGAAACCCAAGACAAAAUAUAUGGUGUUGUUGUAGAUGGAAAUAUAACAAAGUUUGCCAACCAUGCUACUGUAUUCAUGAUUAGGGGGUUAAUAAAAAAUUAUAAGCAACCUAUUGCUUAUACGUUUUGUAAUGGAGCCACAAAAGCAACUGUUUUAAAAGAUUUUAUAAAAGAAAUUAUCAGUAAAUUGCAAGAAGCUGGCUUCCAAGUCAUUGCGACAGUGUGUGACCAAGGCACCAACAACCAAAAAGCCAUAAAAAGCCUUAUUGAAGACAAACGUCAAAAUUUGUUGGUAGCCGGGACUGAAUUAAAAAGGAAUACUUUUGAUGUGAAUGGAAACGAAAUAAUACCACUAUAUGAUCCCCCUCACCUGUUGAAGGGGAUCAGGAAUAACUUAAUAAACAAAAAUUUGAAGUAUGUCAAUGAAGACAAAAAGAUAUGCGUGGCCAAAUGGGAACAUCUUCGCUUGUUACAUGCAGAAAACCCAGCUUACAAAGGGAUAAGAUUGAUACCAAAAUUGACUGACCAACAUAUAAUUCCCGAGAAGAUGGGGAAAAUGAGGGUGAAAUUUGCCACUCAAGUUUUCAGCCAAACUGUUUCUUCAAAUAUGGGCUAUCUGGCAGAUAAAGGCCUUCUGCCCACCGAGUGCAAAGAUACAGCAGAUGUAUUACUACUGUUUGACAAAUUAUUUGACAGCAUGAAUGGGAGUUAUGCAAAAAAGACCAAGUAUGGAAAACAAUAUUUAAAACCAUUAACGCCAAAUUCAGCCCAUAUUAAGUUAUGGCAUGAAGCCAAAAAAAUAAAAAAUCUAUGAGAUUUGUAACUAAUGAUGGUAAAUCCACAAAUACACCGUCACUGACAAAUUUUGUGUGGACAAUUGAAGGUCUGGAAUAUUUAAUAAAAAAAUUAUCACAAGAACAUAAAAUCACUUCAAUUUGGACUCGCCAUUUGAACCAGGAUCCCCUUGAAAACUUUUUUGGAUCUAUUAGAAGUCAUGGCUGCAGGAAUAAUAACCCAAGUCCUGCUGCAUUCCAGUCGUCAUUUACUGCGCUCAUGAUUAAUAAUUUAAAAAGUAUUCAUGCAGUUGGUUCAAACUGUGAAGAGGAUUUUUGUGAAUCUUUACAGUCCUAUAUACUAGGUCCUAGUGACAAAACCGACCAACCAGUUCAGGAAUUAAAUAUGGAACACCUCAUAAUAAACCCAUCCCCUAUUGUGGAAAAAAAAAGACGAUGUAAAGGGGAUGGCGUCAUUAACAUAUGUAAGUGGGUUUAUAUUAAAAAUAUGCAAAAAAAGAAUUUUUAAAAAUUGUAGAACCUGUAAUGAUUCAUUAUUGAAUAAAAAUAAAGACAAUGAAUAUUUGAGGUACAGAGAAUAUUCUGAGCGUGGUUGGUUGUGUUACCCAAAUGAAAGUUUUCUAUAUAUAAUAUCACAAAUUCAGGACAUAUUCCAUAUUAUUAUUCAAGAUAAUUUCUCAA